UUGCUCAGGGUCCUACUAAGUUAUCACCUAGCAUGGCCGAGCAUUUAGAGUGAGAAGGUGCUGGUGACCAGUGCUUCUUGUUUCCACGGGACAAUGAUAUCAUCGCUGCACACACGCGGCCCGUGGCAAGAGUACUGGGAUGCACGCCCACCACCAUGCUCUAUAAAGGAAUGCUUCAGAGCAGUGUCAUUAGUUUUUUUCCAUCAUUCCACUUCUCUAACUACCAUAAUCAGACUCCUCCUAAUCAGUCGCUGUCAAUUAUAAAACUUACCGAACAUAAAAUAUUCAUCCUACACACGUCAUGUCGUCUGGAGACAACAACAACAACAACGUCAACCUCUUGCAAGGGCUGACAGACACCCUUGGCAAGACUGUCGGAGGCCUCACAGAUACGGUCGGCGGUCUUGUCGGCGGAGUAGGCCAGACGGUCGGCGGAGCUACUCAGGGUCUGGGGAAGACUGUGGGCGGCGUGGGCGAAGGCUUGGGCAAGACGGUCGGAGGAGCCAGUGAGGGCGUGGGAAACACGACCAAGGGCCUCGGACAGUCGACCAGUGACAUUCUGAGCAGCAUCAAUGGCGACCGGACUGGCGACAACGCGCGGAGGUGGUAAUUUGAGGUGCGAGGUGUUUGGAUGCCGAUAUGAUACGAUACGAUAUGAUGUGAUGCGGUUUGAUGCGGUUCUUAUCUUCUGCUGCGAUCGACUAUAUUUGAGUUGAUGUCGAUUUCUGUAUUAGUAUGGGGUUUUUUUUUCCAAUCCUUGAGCCUUGGUUCAAAACUUCUUCGUAUGAUCUGUCGGUAGUUCGACUCUUAAGAAUUCUAGAUACUGGCACGUAUCACAGGGGGAAGAAUAGAUGCAGGUGCAAGC